CCAACUUUUGACAUUUGUCCAAUACCGCAAAAUUCCCGUUUUUGUUGCUUAGCAAAUUAAUUAAUAUUCCGUAAAUCUUAACAAUUUGUGAUAACUGUGAGCUAAUUUGCGCUACGGAAGAUGGUGGCACGGGUUGCUGGCGUAUUCGAUGAGAAGUUAUCGGAGGCGAUAGCAAAUUCCAAAAUAUUAGUCGUCGGAGCCGGCGGUAUAGGUUGUGAAAUUCUCAAAAAUCUCGUUCUGACCGGCUUUCCUUACAUUGAAAUCAUCGACCUUGAUACAAUCGACGUAAGCAAUCUAAACAGGCAGUUCCUAUUUCACAAAGAGCAUGUUGGGAAGUCGAAGGCGCAGGUGGCGAAGGAUAGCGCUCUCAGCUUCAACCCCAACGUGAAUAUCAUCGCACAUCAUGACAGUGUUAUUAGUAAUGACUAUGGAGUCAGUUACUUCAAGCAAUUCAAUAUUGUGAUGAAUGCCCUGGACAACCGUGUGGCACGUAACCAUGUCAACAGGAUGUGCCUGGCUGCUAAUAUUCCACUUAUUGAGACUGGCACAGCUGGGUAUGCUGGACAGGUGGAGCUUAUCAAGAAAGGCCUCACCCAGUGCUAUGAAUGUCAACCAAAAGCCCCACAGAAGUCCUACCCAGGAUGUACAAUCAGGAACACUCCAUCAGAGCCAAUCCAUUGCAUUGUUUGGGCUAAACAUCUCUUCAACCAACUUUUUGGUGAAGAAGACCCUGACCAGGACGUCAGCCCUGAUACUGCAGACCCUGAGGCUGCGGGAGAAGCUGGAGCUUCCGCUUUAACAUCUGAAGGAACAGAGGCAGGAAAUGUGGAAAGAAAAAGCACAAGAGCUUGGGCAUCUGACACAAACUACGAUCCAGAAAAGUUAUUCAGCAAACUCUUUGGUGACGACAUUCGUUAUCUGCUGUCUAUGGAGAAUCUGUGGAAGAAGCGUCGUCCGCCCACGCCUUUGACUUGGGACAACCUGCCGGGGAAGGACAGUCCCACUGCUCAGCACACAGGACUGCCCGAUCAGAGGGUGUGGUCAGUUCAUGAAUGUGCACAGGUGUUUGCAGAGAGCUGCAAGGCCUUGCAGGCGGAUCUGAAGAGUCGUCCGGACGGAGACCACCUGGUGUGGGACAAGGACGAGAAGAGCGCCAUGGACUUUGUCACCGCUUGCGCUAACAUCCGCGCGCACAUCUUCAACAUUCCACUCAACUCGCGCUUCGAGAUCAAAUCAAUGGCAGGCAACAUCAUCCCAGCAAUAGCCACAGCCAAUGCCAUAGUGGCAGGUCUGGCAGUGUUGCGAGCACAGAACCUGCUCAAAGGAGAGAUUGAGAACUGCACCAGCGUCUACCUGCGCCCUAAGGUCAAUCAUCGCGGACAGCUGUUUGUACCUGAGAAAACUUUGACCGCACCAAAUCCUAAAUGCUACGUAUGCGCUCCAAAACCAGAAGUGGCCCUUGCUUGCAAUCUCAAACAACUUACCCUCAAAGAUCUCAACACAGCCUUCAAAGAUGGCCUCAACAUGCAAGCGCCGGACGCAACUGUAGAAGGCAAAGGCCUGGUCGUAUUAUCCUCAGAACCCGGUGAAACAGAUCACAAUAACGAAAAAACUUUGGAGGAAAUCGGCUUGAAUGAUGGCUGUGCGUUACUAGUUGAUGAUUUCCUACAAAACUACGAAGUCAGAGUAAGAUUACAACAGGAGGACGAGGAGAAAUCAUGGCGCUUGGUCACAGACAACGAUUCACCGAUGCUCGGACCGAAGGAAGAAAAAACUGCAAACGGUUCCAAUGGCAAAGAAAAUGAUGAACCAAAACCUGGUCCAUCACGUCCUAAAGAUGAUAGCGACAGUGAUAUGGAGAUUAUCGACGAGGAUGAUAACGGUGAACCCGCACCUAAACCUCCUAAACGUAGGAAGGUUGAAAUGAGUACUGAAGUGGUAGAGUUGUGCUAGUAUUUCGUAUGCAUUCUGCAUAUCUGGAUGCACUUGCAUCCUUCUAGAUCUUUUGUACUAAAGCCCCUAGUUAAACAGAAUUUCUCCCAAGUUAUAUGGGAUGUCCAAAAGUGCAGUCACACAGGCUAAGCAAUUACUGUCAGUGUUUGAAAUGUGAUUGAAGUGAAGGUGCAAACAUACUUGUUACAGCCUAAAAAGAUACUUUAAAGUAUCUUUUUAGUAUUUAAAGAGAGGGGUGAAAAGGUGGAAGGAUUAUAAUACCGACUGGCAGAACCAACUUUGCUAUUAUCUUGCUUAACAUGAUAAAGUUGAAAACUAAAACCCAACUGCGAUCAUCUUAAUAAACGCUGAAAUAUUAUAGUAGAAUUUGUUUUUCCGUCGCUUGGUAUAUUUUAAUGUUGUAGAAGAUUUAUAUUUAUGAACUCAGGAAUUUUCUUCUCUUUCGUUUGACAUCCCACUCAAUACAAAAGCAAAAAAAAAAUAUUUGGAGACCCCUACUUUUUUUGAUGUCACAUCCGUUGGGUCAUUUUUUUCGUAUAAAAUAUAGCCUAUGUCACCGGGCCUUUAAAACGAAUCAAUUGACACCUCACUCAUCAAAAUCGGCCCAGUAGUUUAGGCCCUACAGUGGAACACACAGAAUCUGGAUACAAGCAUACAUACACACACACACAGCAUACAUACAUACAUAAAUAGGCUGCUAAAAUCAUUACCCUUUCUUUUGGCUUUGCUGCAGUGGGGUAAAAAAGGAUAUUAGCCAUUCCCCUUUCUCCUCCAACUAAGCAGAAGGCUGUGCUCCCCUGUGGCAUUUUCGGAAUUCAGUCCCCUGCAUAACGGUAAUAAUGGAUCAGUUCUUUGGGUAUGUAGGUCCUAGGACUGCAAAACCGGCUUGUCUGUAAACAUCAAGAGCCACCAUUUGCCUGUCCUUUGACCAAAUCCACUGUAUUGACAUGGUUUCAUUACACCAUGACUCAUUAGUCUUUCAUUCAUUUUAUAUGAGAGGCGUAUUCAAUCAGAUUGGUCGCUCAUUGCAUCAACACACCACAAAACAUAGUGUAUUUGCACCUUCAUUUUUGUCAUGGAUUGUUUAGUUAUAAUAUACAUCAAUGUAAAUUUUGUCGUACAUAUUUUGUUGAAAACUCAUAAGGUGCCCCACCCAAUAUUCGAACCUACUACCUGAAACAUCUUAUUGAGCAUUGUUUGCAAAUUAUUAUUGCCACAGACAAUGGCUAGUUAUAUUUAUAGUGAACUCUUAUAAUGGUUUAAGUACAUACAGUAAACUAUUUGUAGUGAAUAUUAUUAUUAUACCUAAGUAAGAUAUAGUAUGUUUUAACUACCCACUAUAAUUCUACACAUACAAAAUCUCAUGUAAUUUGAAUUAAGUUAUACUUAUCUGAAUUAAUUUGGAUGAACUAGAAUUGAAUAUUUUGUGAGGAAAGGAAUGAUUCAAUUUUAUCGUAUCUGAUUAUUAUUAUUUGAUUCUUACACUAUAUUUAUUGGAAUAAUAAGAAAGACCAGCACUGUAAUUUUUUGGUUUAGUCCAGACUUUAGUUUUUAUACCAACUUGUAGCAUUUUGUACUGCUUACAGUACAAAGAAUUUGAUUUCAUAUUAUUUAAGAAAUACAACAAGAUAUAUAAGAAUACAACAAGAAUUUAGUAUUGUUAAAAGCUAGUAAUUUUGUGUGACAACUGAUUUAUAACGCGUACAAAAUGAGAACUCACUCGCCAUUUUAAAGAUUUUUAGUCCUUAUUUUAAAGGUGAACAGUACAUUAUAACAGUUGACUUUGCAGUUGACACAGACUUAAAAUGGCGAGUGAGUUCUCAUUUUGUAGGCACUAUACCUAAUAUUUAUCAUAGAUAAAAGUGAUGUAUUUUAACUAAAGAAAUUUUGUAUAUUAAGUACAAAAUCAGAACAAUUUGUCUUAAGUUAAUUUCCUAAAUAUUUACUUCUUGAUAAUAAAUGAUUAUUAAAUUUUA